AUGUGUUCAGAGAAUGGUACUUGUGACUUUGACCUCAUACCGGUUGAAAAGUCCGAUCCAUAUAUUUCGAAAAAGAUUGGUUCAGGUGACUGGCUUGAAUUGGAGGAGAUUGAAUAUAUCGAUCCAAAAUUAAACGUUGCAAGGAAAUGGGAAGUGUGCCGAAGAAAAACGGAGUCUAAUCAUGACGUUGACGCGGUUGAUAUUCAUGCAGUAAUUAAAAACGUAAAUUCACCUCUAAUAAUUUUGGUGGUGCAAUAUCGACCACCUAUUGGAAAAUAUUGUAUUGAAUUUCCUUCAGGGUUAAUUAACGCAGGAGAAUCAAUCGAAGCAGCAGCGCUUCGUGAGCUUUGUGAAGAAACAGGCUAUACAGGUAAGAUACAAAGUAUAUCAGAUCCCAUAUGUUACGAACCGGGUUUGACAACUUCCAUGACAAGGGUUGUUGACGUUGAAGUCAAUUUAACGUCUGUUGAUAAUGUUUCUCCUACACAAAAACUGGAUGAUGACGAAUGGAGCCUACAAGUGAUUAAAGUUCCUCUAGAAAAUCUAUACGAAAGAUUACAGG